AUGCCCGGCUCAAUACCAUUGGCUCGCGGCCAGAGCUCGCCAUCCUCCCCUAGGAGCGGACGCCAUCCCGAGGCCCUCCACACCCGCAAGCCCUCUCUUACCAACUCGGUCUCGAGCAACGAAUCCUACUCGACACGGUCGACCCGGUCGACGGGCACCGUCCGCCGCAGCCGCGUCCUCGACUUCGACCCCCUCUCGCAGCACCCCACCUUCCAACCGCCGCCCAGGCUCUUUGAGCGGCCCUUCAUCCACAACUCCCACAACUCUCCGUCCAUCGAGGAUGAGGUCAUCGACUCUUACUUGUCAAGCCAGGAGGCCGCCGUUGCCGAGCAGGCAAAGGCCGCCGCCGUUCCCAGCAGGCCUGCACCUCCCGUCGACUCGCCCCGGACGCCGAUCCAGGUGCAGCAACUGCAACAGCAGCAGCAGAAUCGGUCCCGGGAGCUAGCCGCCGAGGGCGACGACUACUUCCUCUUCAAGGUGCAGCAGCACAUCGCCGCGACCCGGCCGCAGCUGCCGCGCUCCCACUGGUCCGAGUCGACCAUCAACACGAUGGCCUCGGCGGCAGAGGAGGAGGAGGAAGAGGACGACGAGGACUCCUCGGAGGACGGCAGCAUCGUCGGCCCAGAGCGGCCGGUGCGGGAGUCCCGGUGGCAGAACUUCUCCCACAAGCGCCUGUCCCCGCCCAGCUCGAAGCGGCCGCAGAUGAAGUCGCUCGACAGCGUCGAGGACUUUAUCAAGCGCGGCGGAUGGAAGAGGAAGGGUAUCGUCUUCCAGCAGGAGGGCACCCGGUCCUCCAACACGCUGUUCUAA